UGCACGAAGAAGUAUAUUGUGAAGAAUUACUUCUACUACUACCUCUUCAGGUUUUCAGCUGCUUUGGGUGAAGAAAUUUUUUAUAUCACUUUCCUUCCAUUUACCUGCUGGAAUAUCAAUCACUGUGUGUCUAGGAGGAUGAUAAUUGUUUGGUCUGUUGUUAUGUACAUAGGUCAAGUCUCCAAGGACAUCCUGAAAUGGCCUCGUCCUCAUUCGCCACCUGUUGUGAAGCUGGAAGUGAAAGCAGAUGCAGAAUAUGGAAUGCCAUCCACCCAUGCCAUGGCAGCUACAGCCAUCUCAUUCACAUUUUUUAUUGUGACCGUAAACCAAUAUAAGUACCCAUUUGAACUAGGUCUAAUAGCAGCAUUUGUAUUUUCUACCUUAGUGGGUCUCAGCAGAAUUUACACGGGAAUGCACACUGUGCUGGAUGUGAUUGGCGGAACUCUGAUAUCGGCAGUGUUACUUGCACUCUCAUAUCCUGCAUGGGACCUCAUAGACCACUUUCUAUUAACUAGUCCAUUUUGCCCUGUAUUUUCCAUAGUUGUGCCCCUCCUUUUAUGUUACAACUAUCCAAAACUAGACUGUUACAGCCCUACCAGAGGAGACACAACCACUAUCUUAGGAGCUGGAGCUGGAGCUAUCAUAGGAUUCUGGUUAACUAACCAGUACGCACCAUUGAACUCUUCCAGUGAAACUUUUCAACUCAGCUUUCCUCCAAUCUCCAGUAAAAGGCUGAUGGUCAUGCUGGCAAGGUUCUUAGUUGGGGUCUUUGUUCUUUUGAUCACACGUCAAUUCAUCAGGAGGCUGGCCCUCAGUGUGUUAUACUACUGGUACAAAGUUUCCACCAGUGAUGAAGAAGCCAGAAAACGACUGGAAAUUGAAGUACCCUACAAAUUUAUAACUUAUUCUUCGGUUGGUUUCUGUGCUACCGUGAUUGUGCCAGUACUGCAUGGGCUUUUAGAAUUAAUUUAAGUGCUGUGCAUUUUUUGAAAUAAUAUAUGGCAACAUCCACUUUAGACAUGCAAUAAAACCGCAGGCUGAACACUUGACCAAGCAGUUUUUUGUGCCUUUCUGCACUGGCCUAAAAUGCCUAUUCCAGAAGAUCCAAGGAAAUCACCAUAUGCAAAUAACUUAGGGUUGGAAAUUCCUAGCUCUUGGGUGCUCCAGGCAAACACCUGUGAUUCAGAAGAUACAUGAAAAUAAGUACAGAGUACAAAAAUAAGAACUGAUGUUUAUAUGACUGCUGUUUACCUUCAGAAAAAUUCAGUGUUU